GGCAAGCGGAAGCGGAAGUAGAUCCGGGUUGUGCAGGAGGCGGCUGCUUGGUGGCUGCUUCUCUGACAGGAACCAUGAUUUCUGAAAGCGGCUCGUUCGUGAAGGGCAUGAUGCUGGGGGGCAUCUUCUGCAUUUUGGUGAGCCUCCUGGGACACAUUAAGAUGGGCCACACCACGAAGCCCCACGAGCACCGUCACCUCCAGGCUCCCAAAAAGGAGGACAUUCUGAACCUUUCCAAGGACGAGCGGCUGGAACUGAGCCGGAGCAUCCGCGUGUACUGCAUCAUCCUGGUCAAGCCGAAGGACCUGGGCCACUGGGCCGCCGUGAGAGAGACCUGGAGCAAGCAUUGCGACAAAGCCGAAUUCUACAGCUCGGAGAAAGUCAAAGUCUUUGACUCCAUUGUCCUCGACACGGACGACAUGUGGACAAUGAUGCGGAAAGCGUACACGCUGGCCUACGAGAACUACAGAGACAGCUACAACUGGUUCUUUCUGGCCCGUCCCAGCACUUUCGCCAUUAUUGAGAAUCUGAAAUACUUUUUGCUGAGGCAGGACUCAUCCGAACCGUUUUACACAGGCCGCACCGAGACGUCCGGGGACCUGCAGUAUGUGAAUGUGGACGGAGGGAUCGUGCUAAGCGUCGAGUCGCUCCGGCGGCUUUACAAGAUUUUCCAGGAGCCGGAUAAAUGUCCGGAACAGGGAGGCAUGAUUUGGAAACUGUCCGAAGACAAGCAGUUGGCCGUCUGCUUGAAGUACAGCGGGAUCCAUGCCGAGAACGCGGAGGACUCUGAGAAAAAGGACGUCUUCAACACGAAGCCGAUUGGUUCUCUCAUCAAAGAGGCCAUGUCAAGUCACCCUCAGGAGGUGGUGGAAGGCUGCUGCUCAGAUAUGGCGAUCACUUUCAGUGGAGUAGCUCCCAACCACAUGCACGUCAUGAUGUAUGGCGUUUACAGACUCCGAGCCUAUGGGCACACUUUCAACGACGCGCUCGUCUUCCUGCCUCCGCCAGGCUCGGAUAAUGACUGAAGACGGUGGCGCGGGAACAGCAAUGCCGAGCACGUAGUCUUAAAUCUUUUAGUGUCCGUCAGCAAACGGCAUGUACACAAGGUGAUCCAGAUUUUGUACUUACUUGAUGGUAUCGGUGUGUGACAACUUUUUUGCACAACCUGCUUUUGUAACCUUUACAAGUGGGAAAAGAGGUCCUCUUUUUUAAAGCAAAGUCAUGAUCCUUUUAUACAAACUGAAAAUCUAUCUAAGGGUUUCUUUGUCGACAGAAAUGUAUAGGGAGAUGUAAAUAUUUAAAAAUCAAAUUAUCCUCAGUCUGCUGUAAAUUAAAUCUAUUUUUACAGUU